CUGUAGUGAAAAAUGGCCGGCGUCAGCGACUGGUUCAGCAUCGGGAGUACGGUGGCCUGUAAAACUUGUUACAACAAGGAAAUCGAGGGCGAGGUCCUAGCGUUCGACCCACAGACCAAAAUGCUCAUCCUGAAGUGCCCAUCGUCAAGUGGUAGACUAUCUUUGAACGAUGUUCAUAUAGUGAACCUGUCUCUGGUGUCGGAUGUUCAAGUGAAGCGUGAGGUGAGUCCCACGUCGAAUGAGCCACCGCAAAGUCUGAACUUAGAGAGGCUAACCAAACGAGUGCGUAACCACAUUGAAGAGAAAAGGAGACUGGUCAAGAGCCUGCAGGCCGGAGUCUCGCCCGAAGGCCAGAAACUAUUCAUCGCCAUUUCUAAGACUAUUCAAAACAUUGCGUGGAAUGGACAGAACAUUGUGGUCUUCAAUGACGUUACGAUCAAGCCACCGUAUAAACUAGACAAUGUCCAUGGAGAUGAAAACACACCUGCUUACAAACACGUGAGAAAAGUGGUGGAAAAACACAUAAAGGACACUGCAGCGUUGGAGUUGCAGCAACAGCAACAACAGCAGGAGCAACAGCAGCAGCAGCAACAAACGCAAUAAGAAUCCAAGGCGGUCGACGCGAGCGUGAUAGCCGACGUACCUCAGCGGAGGUCGAAGCGCCGGGCAUAACGGAAGAAGUGGGAGGGCCGGAAGAAUUACCAGGAAUCCAGAUGAAACACUCGACAAGAUACGAUUUCUCUAAAAGAAAACCAAACGAGCCCAUCGCAAGUAACCAGAAGGAAACUCCCAGAGGCUAGGCCGUCGUGCGGCCGUAAAUGACGGCCUGUGCAACGCCUCUGCCGGCAAGAGAGAAACUAAUCGCCAACCACGGGAAAAUUAAACCAAUUCGCACUUUACUCGCACACCACUUUGCAGGGUUGCGUCGUUAUCGUUCGUGCCCACUUUUAGCAGGCCGCACCUUGGAACUUUUAGAAAUGAAAGGGAGCGAGAGAGAUAGAAAGAGUGAAAGGGCGAGGUUGAGAGAGAAAGAGAGGAGAGAAGCGAGAGAGCUUCGCGGUCGUGAACGAUCGCGAACGAGUUCACGCUAGUUUUAGUUGUAUAUUGUUACGAAUGCGUUUAAGUAGUCGUUUAUCCGAUCAAGGCGCUGCGAGCGCAAAAGCAGGGCCACGCUCGCUCGUUUAUUUUCAAAUUUCUCAGAUGAGAACGGAGCCAAUCGCGAGCAUCAGAAUCCGUAUGAAACGGAGCUCGGCUGCGGUACGACCACGUACCGAAAUCUGCUGAAAAUUAAGAUUCCUGCACUAGAAAAUUCUUAGAUCACGUCGGUCCAGUGAGGAUUCCAAUGUGGUCAUCUAGGGAUUAUUCUACUCGGAGGGAAAACGCUUUUCAAUUAAUAUCAACGGCAGUAUAAAGUUCUUGUAACUGCGACAAUACACAAUGAAAAGCAUGAGAUGUUUAAAACCUCUUCAGUGGGGUCAGAUUUCAAUCUUGUUGCUAAAAUAUAAUCAUUGAACUUAAUUCGAAAACUUUGAUUCUUGCAUAAUUUAAUUUUUGAGAUUUUUAUUUAUCAUCAAAAAUUGAAAUUGUAUUCAGCAGACGACGGAUCGCGGUCGAGGAGACGUUAACCUCCGAUUUUGUCCACUGCCGAGACAGAGCGCCACCUCCGUUUAUUUUUAUGAUUGGCGCUACUUAUCGGGAUCUAGCCGAAACUCGUCGAAUCGCCAAUUGGAAUUUACGAAAAAGGAACCUCGCGGAAUUCCCGACGCGCUGUUAAAGAGAGACGUUCGAGUCGGCGCGAAAAUUCCUGGAGAUUUACAGAAAUCUGCGAGGCGACCUUUGUAAUUUGAUGCCUACUUUUCCAUAGAUCGUACUAAAAGCAUGCCUUUUGAUAAAUAGAAAUCGUGGAGAUUCCUUAUCGCAAAACCGCAGACUACUGUAAAUCCGGUGGGAAGUUUCGCGUCGCCCUAAGGAAACGAAGAACUUAAAGAGUUUAUCAAGCCUGUGACGGCGCGAGAUGCGUUCGUACUCGGUUAAGAGAAAAGGGAAGAAGAAACGGGAGGCGGCCCCUGGGUCGAGACGAAGAUUAAUCGCAUCCGAAGGAAUGGCAGGAAAUUUCUUAAUAUCGACUCAUGCCUCGGAGACCGGUGUAGCACCUGCAUCCGAUAUAUUUUCAAUGGCGCCGCCCUCCGACGUUUUUUUUUUUUCCACGAACUCAUCUCGCGCCUUAUUACGUCGCUACAUUUGAAUGCGUCGAGAGACAAGAUUAUGCGAACGACUACACGAAAAGACAGAAAUAAAUGUAAUAUAAAUUCCAUAAAA